AUGGAAACCUCCUUCCAUGCCGCCAUCAAUACCGGCAAGAUUAAUGGUGCCGUAGUCUGUGCCACCAACGCCGAUGGCACCUUCACCUACAACAAAGCCUUCGGCUCGCGUACUCUUCUAUCAGGCGAAAAACAGCCCCAAAAACUGGAUGACAUCUUAUUUCUUGCCUCAGCAACAAAAUUGGUCACCACCAUCGCCGCCCUCCAGUGCGUUGAAGACGGCCUCCUCACCCUCGACGGUGAUCUAUCGGCCAUUGCCCCAGAGCUAGCAAGCAAGCAAAUCAUCACCGGCUUUUCGGACGAAGAUGGAAGUCCUCAACUCGACGCGCCAAUCCGCCCAAUUACCCUCAAAAUGCUCCUCACUCACAGUGCAGGAACAUGCUACCACUUUAUGAACCCACUCGUCGGCAAAUGGCGCGAACAAAACGCCAGUACCGGAACGGGCCUUCGACCUGUCGAAGAACUCUUCAAUUACCCGCUCAGUUUCCAACCUGGUGAUGGCUGGAUGUACGGCUCGGGACUUGACUGGGCGGGCCGUGUAAUCGAGCGUGUUACCCAUGGCACGUUGAUUGAAUUCAUGCAAAAACGCAUCUUUGAUCCACUCGGUAUCUCGGAUGGUCAGUUUUUCCCUGUCACCCGUUCCGAGUUACGAGACCGUCUCGUCGAUCUUAAUCCGAAUGAUCCCGAUGGUCUUGGCCUUGCGGUUGUUGGCGGUAGUGGCGAUAUGAACACGCGCACCAAGGGUGAUUUCGGCGGCCAUGGGUUGUUUUUGCCCGGGACGGAUUAUGUCAAGAUUUUGCAUUCUUUGCUGGUUAGUGAUGGGAAGUUGCUUAAACUGGAUACUGUUGAUAAUAUGUUUGAACACCAUCUUGGCCCCGAGGCUACGGCGAGUCAGCAGGCUGCUCUCGAUAGUCCCCUUGGGGUGUUCUUCCGGGUUGGGACUGAGCCCGGGACCAAGGUUGGACAUGGGUUGGGUGGAUUGUUGAUGCUUGAGGAUGUUGACGGGUGGUAUGGUGAACGGACAUUGACUUGGGGUGGUGGUUUGACGCUUGCUUGGUUCAUUGACCGGAAGAAUGGCCUUUGUGGUGUUGGCGCUAUUCAGGCUGCGUUGCCGGUUGAUGGAAAGUUGGUUUCGGAGCUGAAACAGGUCUUCCGGCACAAUAUUUACUACAAGUACAAUGCGUGGAAAAAGGAGCAGAAUCCUAAUUGA